CCUUCCCUCUCCAUUUAAUUUCUUAUUAGGGUUUUAUUCAGGUGAAGCUGUUGAUGACGUUCUUCUUCAUCAUCUCAUAUGGGUUUGUGUGAAAACUUGUGGGUAGGUGAUCAAGUUUGAGCACAGUUUAAAUUUACUGAGUCUUUUGAGGAGUAAUUGUGAGCUUGAAAAGUUUUUGCUUCUAAAGACUCUUGGUGUAGCCAAAUCUUUUUUCCUUCAUCUUUUCGGUCAAACUUAGUAGCUGUCCUUUUUUUUUCUCUCUCUCUUAGUUUUUUGUGUAUUAAGCAGCAGAUUUCAGUUUGCUCUUGGCCAGUUUUAGUACACUGCAAUUCUUGAACUUCAACUGAGGAAGAAGAACAAGUCUUUUUCUCAGUUCUCUGAAAAUGGCUCCCUCUGAAAGAACAAGAGCAAGAACAAGAUCAGCAGCAGCAGCAGCAGCAGCCCCAAAGGCAAGAAGAACCACCCAAUAUAAGAAGAAGAAGAAGCAGAAGGAGAAGAGGAAGGAAGUUCAAAAGGCAUCAUCAUCAUCAUUAACCAUUGUAACUUCAUCAGAUGAUGUUUCAAAGAAUAAUAUUAGUGAUCACCAUUUUGAUUCUUCAAGUUCAUCAAGUGGGUGCUCAACACCAAGAGCUGAGAGAUACAGAAUACCAGAGAUUGUGACAUGCCCACCAGCUCCAAAGAAGCAAAGAGUUGUCUCUAAUUGCUCUUCAUUGCAAAGAACUCCCAUUGCCUUCUUCGCUCCUCCUGAUUUAGAGCUCUUUUUCUUCUGUGCUCUUCGAGACAUCUCAGUCUGAUAAUCAAGUGAUACUAUGCAUACUCACAUAAUCCAAUACAUAUUUGAUAUAUGUCAUUACUUAAUUCUUAAUUUAAUGACACAUCAAAUAUGUAUUCAAAGUGAAUAUACAUAGUUCUAUUGCAGAUAAUUAUAUGACUGAAUACGGCAUGAUAUCCAUAGAUUUUCUUCAAUUUGAUAGUUGAAAUAUAGUGUGGAACUUUGAGCUUUUUUGAGGUAGGUUUCUUUUUCUUUGAUUAAUAAUUAGACUACACUAAUUAUCAUCACUAUUUUUAGCUUUUGUAUGGAUGUAUUGCUGACUUUUGGGGAGUUUGGGGAGUGCAAAAUUAGUGUAAUUUUAUUAAGGGUGGAUUAUUUGAGGCUUGUUUGAGUGUGAUUUCAUUUUAUUUUCAAGAAGUUUGUAAGUCAACUUGAUAAUUAAUGAGAAAUUAAAGAAUUAAUA